AUGGGAGACGUCGAAAUGGCCAACAGCUCUGCUGACUCCAAGCCGGAGAAGCUCCAACCCCAUACACCUUCGACCUGGGCAACAUCCUCGCCAACGACCCCAACCCCCCUCGACCUCCCCUCCUCCGAAAACCUAGAAACCUCCCUCCAAGCAAUCGCCCGCGACGGCACCCAAUCCCUCCUAAACCAACUGCUCACAACCUGCCAAAUCACCUCAACAGCCGCCAACGGCGUGCUACUGAACCUGCCCGCCCCUCAAAUCGAAACACCCCGCCACAAGCCCCUGCCAACCCCCAAGCCCCCGACCAAGUGGGAGCUGUUCGCGCGCAAGAAGGGUAUCGGCAAGUACAACACCAAGCCUGGUGCUACACUGGCGGAUAAGGAGCGCCGUAAGAAUCUCGUCUACGACGAGGCUAGCGGCGAGUGGGUGCCUAAGUGGGGUUAUAAGGGCAAGAACAAGGAUUCGGAUAACCAGUGGCUUGUUGAGGUUAAUGAGAAGGAUUGGAAGAAGGAGGAGGAUGCUGCUGCUAAGGGUAGCAAUAUUCGCGGAAUGUCUCGUACGGAGCGUAAGGAGAAGAUUAAGCGGAAUGAGCGCAAGAUGCGGGCUAAUGAUCGCAAGGCCGGCAACAAGAAGGGUAGUAACUGA